UUAUUUUUAAAAUAUUAAAGGAAGAGAGAGAGAGAGAGAGAGUAAAAAAAGAAAAUAAAGAGAAAUUAGUAGGUGUUUGUUUAGGGAGCGAGAAAAGAGGAGGAAACAAUGGGCGAGGUAUCUGAAACGAUGACGAAGAAGAAGAAGAAGGGACGCCCAUCCCUUUUGGAUCUUCAAAAGCGAUCCCUCAAGAAGCAACAACAGCAACAGCAACAGCAGCAACAACAGAAUCAACGACACGCCGUUUCGAGAAACGCCAAAAACGGCACCAUCGUCGACGACGACGAUGACGAGCGCAAGCAGAAGAAGCACAAACUCCUCGUCGGACUCAAUCCCCACCUCCAACACCACAGCCACCACGCCACCGCCGCAUUAUCCCCUUCCAAUUCUCUCCCCAGCGGCGAUCCCGAUGACGCCGCCACGCGCAAGAGGCGCAGAAUUGACGCUUCCUUCCACGGAUCAGACGAAGCCGAUGGAAAGCUUCCGAAAGCGACUGACAGUAAACAUGGUUCGCAGGGUGAAUCCGGUCCCACUACACCUUUGCCAGACAAAAAGCUCUUGCUGUUUAUCCUUGAUAGGCUUCAAAAAAAGGACACUCAUGGGGUAUUCUCUGAGCCUGUGGAUCCAGAAGAGCUUCCUGAUUAUCAUGAUAUCAUUAGACACCCUAUGGAUUUUGGAACUGUGAGGAAGAAGUUGGAUGGUGGACUUUACACCAACUUGGAUCAAUUUGAGAGUGAUGUGCUUCUGAUAUGCUCAAAUGCAAUGCAAUAUAAUUCACCAGAUACUAUUUACUAUCGACAGGCUCGGGCCAUGCAAGAAAUUGCAAGGAAGGACUUUGAGAAUCUCAGACAAGAUAGUGAUGAUAGUGAACCACAACCUAAAAUUGUGCAGAGAGGAAGGCCACCAGGCAAGCACAAUAGAAAGUCACUGGUCAUGUCUCCCGCAGAGCGCAUUGCUCCUGAAUCUUCAUCCGAUGCAACCCUUGCUUCUGUUGGGGAUAUUGCCAGUGGCUCCAAUGGUUAUAAUCUAAGAAAAGUGCUUAGUAAAUUUCAGCCUGCGGAUUCAUCAACUAGGGCCUCCCACAACAAUUUUAACAGUGGAGGUACAAGCUGGACAUCUGAAUGGGAGAAUGAAUUUCCAGCUUCUGUUCUAAAAGCUGUGUUAAGGUACGGAAAGAAGCAGUUUGCGGUUGAUGAGACCAGGCGUGAUACUUACAAUUGUCCAGUGCCUUCACGCAAUGAACCACCAGUAUUGACUACAGUUGAAGAUGAAUUCAAGCAACUACUUGCGGUUGGUUUACAUGCAAAGCAUAGCUAUGCAAGGAGCCUAGCCCAUUUUGCUGCAGAUCUUGGUCCUGUUGUUUGGAAGAUUGCUUCCCAGAAAAUCAGCAGUGUUUUACCAAAAGGACACGAGUUUGGUCCUGGAUGGGUAAGUGAAGAUGAAGUGUCAGAGAGGCAAAAUCUCCCAGUUUGUGAUGAAGAGAAAACUUCAGACCCUUGUUUACCAGAGGAUCAUAGAAGUAAUUUUUCUUCUUCAUCUGGAUCAUUCCUUGUUUCAAAUAGAUCAUGCUUACAAGGUGGUGAAAUGGUAAUUAACACUGAUGAUUUUGGUUCAGCUGGCCGGUUAGGUUCAAAUGUAUCAUCUCAAAUGAAGAUGGUAAGACUUGCUGACUUAACUGGUUCGUCCUCCAGUGUUGGAAAUGCUCCCCAGAUGUUAGACACGGAUCACAUAAACAGCCUUCCUAGGCACACGGCACCGACAAUUAUUAAUCAGCCUCUUAAGGCUCAGGUUUUAAACAAGUUUAGUCAAUUAGAUUCCAGUAAUUUGAUGGCUCGGGAAUCUGGAUUCGAGCCACAAAGUUCAUCGCAAGGAUAUGCUGGAAAAGCUUCAUGGCCGGGCAUGGAAGUUCCCAUUCGACACAAUUCUAUUUCGCUUGGAACAUCAAAUUCAUCUAGUUCCAAUAUGGAGACCGGUUCUCAGCUGCAUCCAAAUUUGGCAUUGCAGCUCUGA